UAUCAACGAGGAUCGAAUGAUUGCUUUACGCAAACACGUCGUCUUUGUUAAACCUAACAAUGCUACGGAACUGAUGCAAUCCCCGUUUCUUGCCCUGAAAAGAUGACUUACAGAAAUUGCUUCUUGCAUUUUGUUGUCUACAUCUUGAAAAUUAGCAGCUUCGUUAUUAUUAUUUGCAACAUCCUUGCGCAGGCUACGAAACGCCUUCUCAGAACUAGCAAAUACAUACUAUAAAGAUGAAGGAAGGAGGAUCAAAACAGGUAUUGAAAAGAGGACUUACAAUUACACUGAGUUGAAUAUUCGGUAUUGCUUUAAAUAUUCAGUCACCUCUGUCAACAUUAAUGUGAGACAUGUUGGAAGAGGGUCUUGAAGAUAUGUAAUGGAAUCUAACAAUUCUCAGCAAAUAGACGUUCUGCCUUUCUCCAGAAAUUCCAUGAUUGCGUACAAUGUUCUUUGAGUCGUUCGAUUGAACUUGAUUUGUCGUUACGCCAUCCUGUGGUAGGCUGCCGUUUAUGCAGAGUUCCUAAGUGACUGGAUUGAAGCUUUACGGUUUUAUGAGGAUGCCUACAACAAGUUGUGGGAGUGAUCAACAUGAAAACAGAGUGGAGCAAGCUCCUUCUCUUGCACUUUCAUCUAAUAAAUGGCUACGGAUGACUGGUCCUGGUCCUGCAAAUUGCAAAUCAAGUGGCAUCGAGCUAAGCCCAUUAUGCUUUAUGUAUCCCUGGGUUAUUCUUCACUUAGCGAUGAACCAAAUGCUCAAAAAAUCAACGUCCAAAGGAGCUUGCAGAUUGACGGAAAGCCUGCUGUCACAAUCGGUCAUCACUUUUUGCUGCCUUUCCGGCGGGACCCGUUGUUGCUUUCAAGGACUAAAGCAAUCCCUCAUUCCGACCAGUCAUUUUCUCUGCCUCUAAAUGAAACUUGCAUACUUGUGGUCAGUGCACGGAAUUGCACGGAGGUCCCGUUGCAACUAUUAUCAUCCAUGUCAAUUGAAACAGAUAAUGACGGGAUAGAAGAAAAGUCAUGUUCCAUCAAAAGUGCUAGCGAUAACCUUGUAGACCCAGCUCUUCUCAUGCCUGGGGAAGAAUUUAAGAAGGUUUUCACUGUCACUUCCGAGAUAAAUCCACCAAAGCUUAGGGUAGGAAAUGUGUUAGGUGGAAAAGAUAUCUUAAAAAAGGGAUCAUGAGGAGUCCAUUUCAUCAUCAUCACCAUCAUCACCAUCCUACUUCAGUCUUCACUUAUGGUGGGCUCAACGAUCAAGCUGACUAGUUCAUUGACAGCCAUCCCUGUAAAACCAAACAUCUUAACAAAGAGAUGAGGCUAGGAUUGUGUCAGGCAUGUUGUGUGUUCAUAAGUAUAAGAAUACUUCCCCUUUAUGAUGAUGAGUGCAGAUGCACACAGUAUGAUGAUAGGGUGUUCAUGGGGAGCAUGACACCAGGAGUUCCGCUGACCUCCGGACGUCGCUACAUACAGCUAGCUUGACCAGAGAGGGUCCAGCGCAUAUGUGAGUCUCCGACUCCCAAAUCACGGUACAUAAAAAGAAGCCAAGGUCUCGUGGAUGUAUUGAUUUUAUCACGAAGAAGAUGACAGCGGCCCAAAAUAUUGGAUAAAGAAACACUUCUGGCUGUUCCACGCCACCAAUCCCAACUAUUACCAGUUUGGAAACUCUCGCCCCUUUUGAUUAGAUUCAUUUGCAGCAAUUUCUUGGAACUGUGGAAGUAGAAGACAAAAACAGUUUGAUUUGUGAGAGAAGGAGAAAAUGGUGAAAGAAGAAAUGAAGUGUAGCGUGUAGCAGAGACAGAGGAGAUAACAGGGCACGUGAGGCCGCCCCUCACAAUUAAUAUCCUUUUUUUUUUUUUUCCUUUUCAUUUUUUCUGGGUUUCUGAAAA